AUGACUGAUCCCACCCUGUACAUCCUGUACAAUGCGUCUGGAACGCUUCUCGGUCACGCGGCUUACGCCUACGCUCAUAUGCGAUGCGAUACCGAUAAAUCAUGCUCAGCCUGUACCUUGACUCACGGGCCAAAAUUAUCAUUGAGCGAGCGGAAAGAGUGGAAAGAGCUCAAGGGGAAAUUGACGAGUGGAGAGUUCAUCCCAGGACAGAGGUAUAACGUGAAGCAGUGGCAUACAGAGGAGCAAGACAACACAGUGAAGCAACACUUGGAAGCGGAGAAACUUCGAUUGCCAUGUAUUCUGCUUCAGAGACCUGGCGAGUCAAUGAGUACCGUGUUCACACGUGCAGAAUUGGACGAGUUUGCAGGAGUUCAAGACAAGUUUGAGGCGGCUUUGAGGAAGAGAAUCUAA